GUCCUUCGCAAAGCAGCUUGGGAAACGGUUGUUGUCAACAUGGCGGCUGCGGUUGGUAGGCUCCUGUCCUUCAGUAAAAAUGUUAAGGUGCUCGCUUCACCUCUGAAACUGACUGCUGUACCCGUACACCGGUACAGCGUGGAGAUCUCCAGCACCGGGGAGGCCAUUACGCACACCGGCCAGGUAAGCUGUAGAGUGAUUCUCAGGUGUGUUGGUUUGUCAUUGCUCUCCGGAUCGACAGCUCAGUUUUUGUGGCGAAGUUGUUUGGAGGUUGAGUGAGUCCGUUGUCGGACAGCUCUUAAUAUGGAUCAUAUUGUUAUGUUUUGCUUAAACAUUGUGUGAAAGGUCAGUUAAUCCGUUCAUUCACGACCGGAAACCCAGACUGCUUCGUCUUACAUUUGGGUUGUCUUACUACUGGUGCGGUAAACCUGACCUAAUAUUCUUCUCCUCAGGUGUAUGAUGAAGGAGAUCCCAGAAGAGCCAGAUUCGUUGGUAGACAAAAAGAGGUAAGACUUAACUUCACAAAAACAUGUAAAAUUAGAUACCCACUAGGUCUGCAACAUUUUCAAAGUUGGAAGCUUUCCAUGGGAAUGAACGGGAGUAUAUGGGAAUUAACAGGAAUGAAUCUGAGCUUUACAAAAUUGGAGGUUGGCCCUUAACAGGAAACUUAAAUAUAGUUGGGGAAAAUAUAUUGUAGCAUAGUCUUGACUAAAACAACCAAAUUUAAUGCAAGUAUACUCCUCAACCACAUGCACAGAUGUGAGAGUCAAUUAAGUUUUUAUAAUAUCAAUCAAUCAGUCUUUAUUUAUAUAGCACUUUUCAUAUAUGUAGCACAAAGUGAUUUACACAGAAAAAGGAAUAAAAGAAACAAAGAAUACCCAAGUCUACCCCAACCCAACCCCUCAUUUCCACCUUACGAUCUAAUUGCAACAGAAACAGUAUUAAAAUGCAUAAACUUAAAAAGGGCUUGAUUUCACGAAAACAGGAAUGUGCGCACUGAGGAAACAUCAUUAUAAAAGUCAAGAUAAGGAAACACUGAGAGUUUAGGUUAAAAUCUAAAGACAGAGAAAUAUAGAAUGAAAUUUAAGAAUUAAUACAUAAAAUGAAAUGAAAACAGCAGUAAAAGAUACUAACAUAAGAGCACCAAAAUAGCUAAAUAAAAGAUGAUCCUGGACUAAAACUAGAAUAGAUAAAUGCUAAAACACUUAAACAAAGUCUAUGAUAUAAAAUUUAGUUAAAAGCAAGACUAAAAAAGGUAUGAUUUCAGUUUACUUUGAAAAUCAUUAAGAUAGGUGCAGUCCUCUGAUCUUCAGGUAAGCUGUUCCAUAGACGGAGGCCAUAAUAAUAAAAAGAUGCCUCACUGUAUGUCUUGGUUUUAACUUUAGGUAUUGUUAACAGAGAACUUCCUGAAGACCUGAGGCACUCUUUUUAUUGAUAUUAUACCAUUUAAAGUGUGUAACUUCAACUGAAGCACAUCCUGCUUUGCUCUUAAAGUUGUAACACACAUAUAGUAGAUGAUCAUUAUCAUUGCCAUAUAAAGAUUGGGUUGAGAACAGUAUCAUUUAUCAUUUAACGUUGAUCUAAUCUUUGUAAUGAAUAGCUGUUUUUUGCAUUGAUCUCACUUUAGUAAUCAACAAUACAUUGUUUGUGUCAGGUGAAUAAGAACUUUGCCAUCAACUUGGUGGCAGAGGAGCCAGUGACUGAUAUCGCGGCAAGAGUGGUGUCCUGUGAUGGUGGUGGAGGAGCCCUGGGCCAUCCCAAAGUCUACAUCAACCUGGUAACCUUUACCUUUACAUGCUUACUUAUCCAUCAUUUAGAAAAGGUCAGUUUUGAAAGUAUCGGGCAAGUACAACCACCUUGAUUGGGUUUAGAGACUAAAGGGAUUUUAAUCUAAAGGGAUUAAUGGCUCUUUGAAAAGAGCCAGAUUGAGGAGACGUUCCUUUCAAAGAGCCAUUCAAAAGACUGUCCCGUUGUUAUAUUUAUUUAUUUUUUUAGAAGACAACCAGGGCUACACAUCCCACCAAUACAUUCUCUAUUGGCAAGAAUUAUUCCGGAAUAUUAAUUAUAAUUUCAUUUGUCAUGUGUUUUCAUUGUAAACAUUCCAUAAGGAGCAGCCAUAUCCCCAUGCUUUGACAGUGAGAUCAUAUUUUGAAUUUUUUCCUCACCUAAAAAACUUUUUGGCACAAUAAAAACUAUGCAGGCUACAGAUCACUGAUAAAAAUUAAGAUAUGAUAAAAAUGUGAAUGCAAAAUUAUACUACCCUACCUGGUAUUUGGGGCACACAGGUGACACAUGAAGGCAGUGUGUAUUUGCAUAUGAGAACGGCUUGCAAACAAACGGCUCGCCACUAUGAGCCAGUUCUCAUCGUUGACAUACAGACCCUCUCAAAUGAAAAUCAUGUUUUUCUUGUUGUCUAUAUGGUCAUAUGGCAUUUUUCUGAUGCUAGAGGACACAUCAUGAGAAAACUAAGAGCAAAUUUGCAUUUCUGAGUAUUUCUGCCAUCAAAUCACUGUGAACCUCUGGCAGACCCCAACGGCGCGUCCAGACAAGUGUGUGCAGUAGUGGAUUGCAAUGCUUGUAUGAGAGCUAAUUAUGGUAUUAGCUUUCAUUAUAUCCUCAAAGACACUCAUGUUGGGGGGCCGAAUAGCUCCUAUGUUACUUCUGUAGCACUAGGCUGCAAGCUAGCGUGAAGAGGAGUGUGCAGACCAGCGCUGUCUCUGCUCAUGACUAAGAGGCAAAUUGCUAAUGAGCUACUGGAGCUCUGCAGAAAAAAAAACCUGAAAAUGACACAGGUAGCGUGAUUUUGGCUAAAAACUUCAUAAUUACAAUUUAAAGACCUCUGAUGACACCUUACGUAGUCAAAAAAAAAAAAAACAACCAGAGUGGGACUUUAAAAGAGCUGUUCAAACAACUGACUCAUUUGUGAACGUAACAUCUUUGGUUUGUCUUUAAGGAUACUCACUUUGACAAAAAGCCUAUUUAAACCAACAAUUUUCUUAUACAUCUUAUAUAUCAGUUUCUUUCAUUUUUUAAAGUCAUUUUCUUCAUUGUAGAUUCAUUUUAAAGACACCAAAACUAUGAAGGAACACUUCUGGAAUAAUUUAGUUAACAAAACAAUGUGAAAUAACUUAAUAUAAUAUAUUUUUGAUAUCAUUCUCUCAACCAGCUCCAUGCUUUGAGGAAUCUAAAAUAUGAAACAUAUUCUGGUUUGUUGAACACUUUUUGUUCACUAAAAAGUGGUUGCUGCAGAAUACCAAAAUGCUGAAAUGUUAAUGUACACUCUUUGUGCACAUUUGUUCUUGGUGUAAAAUUGUUUAAUAAAAAGAUGAAUAUGAGAAUUUUCUUGCUUUAAUGAUCAAGUUGUUUGAUCUAAGUUGUGCAAAUAUGUUUUUCUACUGUGGUCUGAUAACAUUAUCUGUGCGAAAAUAUGUGAGAUUAUUCCUCUAUCCACCUUGACAGCAAAAUUGCUAAUCUAAAUUAAAAAAACCUAACUUUACCUUUUUCCUUCUUUCUUGGUUUUUCUCUCUGUUCUCUCUCUACCAGGAUAAAGAUACAAAAGUGGGCACAUGUGGCUACUGUGGAUUACAGUUCAAGCAAAAGCACCAUCACUGAAUUAUUUCUGUAGUCUUUACUUCUUUAUGUGAUUGCCAUAUUGGUUAAUAAAUUAAACACUGUCUAUCCAUCAAAGGUA